AUGAAGUCAACCACUGUAUUCGCCCUUGCGGCGGGCUUAUUAUCAACGUCGUCAGAUGCGCUCAGUCUGAAGAAAAGGAGUACGGGCCAGUCCAAGGUCGUUGGAAUGGACACACAAAGGAAGAAAAUUACCAACCCGCUGCAACGCGAUCGUUUACGGAGGAGAGGCAGUGCCACGGCCGAGUUGGACAAUGAGGAAACAUUAUAUUUUGUCAAUGCCACGUUGGGAACUCCAGCGCAGUCGAUACGGUUACAUUUGGAUACCGGCAGCAGUGAUCUUUGGGUAAACACUCCGAGCUCAAGUUUAUGUUUGCAGAGUUCGAAGCCGUGCUCGUUUGCCGGCACAUACACAGCGAACUCGUCAUCAACAUACAAUUACGUCGGGAGCUACUUCAACAUUUCGUACGUUGACGGAUCAGGGGCCAGCGGAGACUACGUAUCAGAUACGGUUACGAUAGGGGAUACGACGGUGGAUGAUUUGCAAUUUGGGGUUGGAUACAAGAGCACGUCAUCGCAAGGAAUCUUGGGGAUUGGUUAUCCGGUCAACGAGGUGCAAGUCGGUAGGGCAGGGCUGGACGAGUACGACAAUUUGCCCGCGAAGAUGGUCACCGAUGGCCUCAUCCAGUCCAACGCCUACAGCCUCUGGCUCAACGAUCUCGACGCAAGCACCGGCAGCAUCUUAUUCGGUGGUGUCGAUACCGACCAGUUCCAGGGCGAGCUGCAGACCCUUCCGAUCCAGAAGGAGAGUGGUGUUUAUGCCGAGUUCAUGAUCACUUUAACGGAAUUGACGCUGGGCAACACCACGGUUUCCGAAGACCAAGCACUCGCAGUGCUGCUCGACUCCGGCUCUUCGUUGACGUAUCUGCCCGAUACUUGGGUCGACCAGAUUUACACAGCCGUUAGCGCGCAGUACGACUCGAGCCAAGGGGCCGCCUACGUGCCAUGUUCCUUGGCCGAAGACAACACAACCCUCGAUUUCACCUUCUCGUCGCCCACGAUCUCGGUGGAUAUGAACGAGUUGGUAUUGGACCUGGUCACUACUAGCGGCACGCGACCAACAUUCUCUAACGGUGUGACCGCGUGUUUGUUCGGUAUCGCACCCGCCGGCUCGGGCACAAACGUAUUAGGUGAUACAUUCCUACGAUCGGCAUACGUCGUAUACGACAUUGCGAACAACGAGAUCUCACUCGCACAGACCAAAUUUAACGCAACGACCCACAACGUUUUGGAAAUUACCACGGGGACAAGUUCAGUUCCCAGUGCCACUGCGGUGUCCAAUUCUGUCGCAGCAACUUCUGGUAUCGUCACAAGUGGCAGCAGUGGCGGGUUUGGUCUCGACGACUCGAGCGCUGCACCGCCGUCCGUGGCUAUAUCUACCACGCUUGUGUUGUUGUCGUUUGGACUGGGAACGAUGUACACCCUCUUGUAG